GCUGGGAUUACAGGCUUGAGCCACCGCGACCGGCCAGAAGGCUGUUUCUUACCUUUUUCUAAGGCUAUUUCUUAGCACCAAUCUCUUGCUGCAGCAUCCAUUAUUAACUCUAUUUUUGCCAGCAGGGACAAGAAGAGUUGUGGGCAUCUUUUCAUGUGUCUGAGUGGCUGAUCUCUCUUUGAUUCUGGCUGCUUUCUUCUGUGUCAUGAUAGAAACUAACAAAUUUGACCCAAUGAUUGUUUUUCAAUUACUCUUUAGAGGUGGUGGGACUACAGGUAUGUUUUCAAAGAUUAAUAGUUUUCACUGAUGGAUGGCAUGGAGCGUGUAAAGAAAAUGGAGAAAACUAAGGAUUUUGGCAGGGAUAAGAUGCUAACCCACUGUGUGAACUGAGCUGACAUCGUCUGAGAUGGAGAAGAUUUAAGGAGCUAUGAGGGUUGAUGGAAGCUCGGGACAUGUGAAAUUUUGGACACCUUACCCUUGAGAUGUCUAUGGGACCACCAAAUGUGUGACUCAGUAUAUACAUGGGACUGGGAGUUACCUGCAUUUAGAUGCUAUGGGGCUGGCGUGUGGAUAGAGAAGCCAUUCAGGGCCUGAGACCUGGAGCACUCUUGUGGGAUCCUGAUAGGAGGAAGAUCUCGACAAAGAGGCUGAGAAGGAGUCUUUCUAGGAUAGGGUGGUCACGCAAAAGACUGAAGAACUUAUCUCAAGAAAUGGGGAGUCCCUAACGGGGUCAAACAGUAAGGUUGAGUGAUGAGAGUCUAGUAUAUUGACCACUGGAUUUGGCGACCUGGAGGUUUCCUGUCAUUUUAAGAGCAAAUUAGGGGCCUGACGGGGAUAAAAGCCUGAUGCCAGAGGAAUAAGGAGGGAAUGGGAGCUCAGGAAGUGAGCAGAGGUGAUUCUUGAAAUAGCAUUUGCUGUGGGGGGCAGGAUGAACAGGAAUGGGACUGAAGGGGAAGUGAGGCCAAGGAAGCUUAUUUAUCCAUGUACAUUUUAUAGAAGGGAGUUGUUUGUCUAUGAAGUUUUUAAGAUGAGUGAUUCUUGUCUAUGUGUGUAUGUUAUUCCAUUAGAGGCAAAGAUUAAAAAAAAGAUUGUUGAUGCAGGAGGAAGAGAGGCAGUCGUAAUAGAAGCAACAUCCUCAGAGAAAAUGUGUCAAGAGAAUGGUUCCAUGUGCUCAGUGGAGUGUCUGCUCUGGCCAGGGGCUGCGAUGUCUUUCCAUUGUUACAAGACAGAAGGAAGAGAAAGCCAGGAUGGGUGCCAGGAGGUUCACAGAGGAGCUCCUGUCUCACGACCUUUGUUUUCUCUGAGAAAUAAGAGGAAAUGUCUGCUUAUCUGUGUGUUCUACUUUCCAGACAAUCGUAGAAUAUUGGAGUAAUCAAAAUGUACAAGAGCAGUUGUUGUGGGUUGAAUUUUGCCCGUAAAGACAUAUACACAAUUUGUGAGCCCCAAUAACUGUGCAUGUGAUUUUAUUUGGAAAUAGGGUCUUUGCAAAAAAAAAAAAUCAAGUUAAGAUGUGGUCCUACAGCAUUAGGAUUAGUCAUAAACUCCUAAUCCAGUGAGUGGUGUCCUUAUAAGAAGAGGGAUAUUGGACACACAGACACAUGGAGAAGAGCACCAUGGGAUGAAGGAGGAAGUGAUUGCAGUGAUGUAUCUACAACCCAAGGAAAGCCACCAAUGACUACUGGCGACCUCCAGAAACUUGUAAUAGACUCUCCCUCAGAGCUCACCAGAAGGAACCAACCUCGCUGACACCUUGAUUUCAGACUCAUAGCCUGCAGAACUGCCGGAGAAUAAAUUUUUGUUGUUUUAAGACACAAAGGUGUAGUAAUGUUUUUUGGCCUCCUUAGGAAAUUCACACAGCUGUGUUAUAUUUUGAGACAUAGAUAACCCUCAACCGAUCCCAUUAACUAGAUGAUCAUCUUUGGCAAUACUUUUACCUGUUCUCACUGCAGGAGAGGAAAGACAAACAGCUUUCAUCCACAGUGCCCAUGAAUUGCAGCAGAAUCAUCCGAACUGUUCCGCUUGCUUCAUGCUCUGACCUCUUCCAGCCUAUUCACAACCAAGCAUCUGGAGUGAUUCCUGGGAGGCUCCAAACCUCUCAGGGACUUUACACAUCAUGGGCAAUAAAAGCCAAAGAACGUUCAGUGUCCCACUGUCCCACAUACAGCCUGAACCUCUAUUACCUCUCUUACCAUACUUCCUACUCUUCUAACCCUCACUGCCUCUGCUCCAACCACUUGGCUUUCCUUGAACACAUCAGGCACAGUCUUGCUGUAUGGUCUUUGCACAAACUGAGCCUUCCAUCUGAAUGGCUUCACCAAAUACAGCUGCCUGGCUAACUCCAACAUCUUUCUCAACUAUUGCUUUCCAAUGAGGGCUACUCUGACCAUGCUAUUAUAAACUGCAAUCCAACCCACCAUUCCCAGUACUGUGGAUUCCCCUUGUCCUGCUAUAUUUUUCCAUGGCAUUUUUGCCUUCCAACAUAUCAUAUAUUUUAUUAUGUGAUGUUUAGUGUCUCCCUUUUGUAUCCUGUGAAAAAUCUACCCUCACAGGGCGAAGAUUCUUGAUUCUUUCAUUCACUAACAAACUUUAAGAACACAGAACAGUGUCUGGCUCACAGCACUUCACAAAUUUUGCCAAAUGAAUGAAUAAGGGUAAUGUGUACAGCAGAGUAAUGUAAGUAUAAAUAGGUAAGCGAUGUGUGCAUGGUAGCAAUGAUCAUAAAAUGAUUCUAUUAUAAAUUAUCACUGGACUCAAAAUGGGAGUCCUAGUACAAAAGACACGUACUUGCUAUCACUAAAACAUUGACUACCCACAUGGUGCCUUCUCUUCACAAAAUAGUUACUCCUGGUGAGGAGUAACUAUUGGCCACUCACUGAGUGGUAAGUCCUUAUGCUAAGCACCACGAAUACAAGGGCAAGAAUAGGAUUUUUGGUUGCACAGCCCGUGUUUCAGGCACCCAUCCUCCCAGGAAACCCAAGAGAAGACCCUGUAUCCCCUGAGUACACGCAAAACCCAAGCCCUCAAGCCAUUUUCCCCAGGCCGUCUUAAUGGUGCCCUCAGCCUUGAUGGGAGGAGCCACGAGGUUCCCGCCCGUCACCUUUUAAUAGCCACAGGAACCUGCCCACCCACCCACUGCACGCGCAUUGGCUGGACAGUGGUUGAGGGUGGGCCCUGAUGAGCGCAUGCUCAGAGGGAAAAGCCAGAAGGGUACUUGUGAGCUCCUUUGGUGACUGCGGUUUCCCCUACUUUCCUGAGGGGGGCUCACUUACGUCUGGGUCCCAUCCCACAGAGGCUGAGGAGGAGAAGCAGGAGGCGAGUCCCUGAGGAGACGCCGUGACCUGAGGGCUUCCUUUACUGAGGAGGUCUUGUGCUUCAUCUGUCACAAGCGGUGUCCAGGCUGGUGGUGAUAACUGGGACGAUGCUCAGGCUUCUGAGACUUGCUUUGGCCUUUUUUCGGAGGACGGCUGACCCCGCAGAGCGGCAGGGCCCACAGCAGCAGGGUCCACAGCAGCAGGGCCCACAGCAGCAGGGGCUCCCACAAGGUGACACCCAGUUGAAAACUGUGCAGGGAGUUGUCACAAGUUUCUGUGGUGAUUAUGGCAUGAUUGAUGAGUCGAUCUACUUCAGUAGUGAUGUUGUGACUGGCAACGUUCCUCUAAAAGUUGGACAAAAAGUUAAUGUGGUUGUGGAAGAAAAUAAAACACUUUAUGCAUUGAGAGCAAUCAAGGUGGAUGUUGUGCCUCACUGUCUUUACGGUGCUGGACCCUCAGACUCAGGAACCAGACUUUUAAUUGCAUGUGUUACUUCUAUAAGUGAAGAUACUAUUUAUGUUAGUGACAGCAUUUAUUGCUCCAUAGACAUUGCUGCUGAAGAUUUUGUGCCUUAUAAGGGUGACUUGUUAGAAGUUGAAUAUGCCACCGAGCUAAGCAUCUCAAACAUCAAGGCAAGCUCUGUGAAGCCCACCCGUUGUAUUCAUGUGGAAGAGGUCCGCAUUACUAGCGUACAUGGAAGAAAUGGGGUGAUAGAUUAUACUAUCUUUUUCACCUUGGAGUCUGUGAAAAUUCCUGAUGGAUACGUACCUCAAGUAGACGAUAUCGUCAAUGUGGUCAUGGUGGAGAACAUUCAGUUCUGCUGUAAUUGGAGAGCGUUUUCUAUCACCCCAGCGCAAAAAUUGAGCAGCAGAUUCCAGGAUGACAGAGGCCUGGGACGGCCCAAAAGGGAACGUCGGAGCCAAAGCGUUUAACUGAAAAGACAGCAGGGACAGCAUGUUAAAGGCAUGAUUUAAAGUUACAAUUUGACUUCAGUUUUGAGCCCCGUUAUGCUGUCUGUACAAUUUGUAUUGCUCCAUAGCCUCUUUCAUCUUCUGUCACCCUCAUAACUUGCGAUGUUUAUUGUUUCCCUUGUUCCUUCUUCCCCAUACUAGAAUGUAAACUCCACAAUGGCAGGAUGUCUUCUGGUCUGUUUUUUGUUUGUUUGUUUGUUUUUUGUUUUUUUUCUUUGUUUGUUUGUUUGUUUGUUUUUUCUGUUUUCAUCAAAGCAUCACCAAGCACUUAGAAGAGUGCCUGGAAGACUCAAGGGGCAGAUAAAAUGUUAAGUUCAAUGACUGAAUGAUUGGGCCAGCAACGAUGUUUAGCUGUGGUUCAUUCAUCGCUGGUUCCUUAGGAAUAAAAUUGUUGAGCAAUGCAUUAA